GUAGAUUAAUUUAAACAACCAAAGCCAAACAUUGCAAAGCACAUUUACUUUUAUCGUAUUUUCCUACACGAGCAUUGGAGUGUGCUCUAAAAGUUGGUAUAUGCCCGCCUCCUGCUACUUUAAGGAGUAGGAAUUCACUGAGCGCUCUUGAAGGCAUCACGAGAAGGAACAGGAAAUGAAAGCUCUGUUUUGGAGAGACACUUUGCUCCGAGCAGACGAUCUUCUCCCAAAACAACCAGUCCUGAGUCCGGCCCCUAGUCUCCACUAUGGAAAAUCUAGAGGAGGACCUGACGUGCUCUGUGUGCUACUCUCUGUUCUCUGACCCACGAGUCCUGCCAUGCUCGCACACCUUCUGUAAGACCUGCCUGGACAACUUGCUUCAGGUGUCUACCAACUAUUCCAUCUGGCGUCCGCUCCGCCUGCCGCUAAAAUGCCCCAACUGUCGCAAUGUGAUGGAGCUGCCCCCAACGGGCAUAGAUGCUCUGCCCACCAACGUUUCUCUGCGGGCCAUCAUUGAGAAAUACCAGAGGGACAAUGAGCCACGACCCCCCUCCUGUCAGGAGCACAACAGGCAGCCUCUGAACAUGUACUGCAUCCAGGAUCGGCAGCUGAUCUGUGGGCUGUGUCUGACUGUUGGGCAGCACCAGGGCCAUCCCAUCGACGACCUGCAGGCGGCUUUCAUCAGAGAAAGACAGACGCCAUCGCAACUGCUGGCCAGACUCUCUGAUCAGAGAUGGGCGCAGGUGUGUGAGCUAGGGGAGCAGCUGGAGCAGGAGAAGGCCCGCUGUGAGGGUCUGGUGAGGCAGGACCGACAGGAAGUCAAUCAGUUUUUUCAGACACUGGAGGUGGUGCUGGCUAGGAAGCGGCAAGCUUACCUGGAGGCCCUGGACAAAGCUGGUGCAGAGGUGUCCCGGGCCUAUGAUCCACUCAUCCACAGAGUGAAAGAGCUACAGGAAGAACAGUUGGACCUGGUGUCCUUGGGUUCGUCAGUAGAGGAGGAGGACUCGCCUCUCGUCUUCCUGGAGAAGGUGCAUUUGUUCAGAGAGAGGGUGGAGGAGUUUAUGAAAACUCCUCUGCCCUCUGUGAUAAACCUCUCCGUCACCCCGCGGGCAGCAGAGUACCUUCAGCAGCGCUGGCCUGCUGUGACCAUCAGGAGCCUGGAGGAAGCACCUGUUCCUAAGGUGAGCUGCUGUGCCAGAUGUGGCAGUGUGGAGGCUGGUGCGGAGGCCGAGGCUGGAAGGGAUCAGUCUGACAGCUGGGUGCAGGACGUGUGGUGUGAGCUGCAGCCUACUUCGUCUGUGGUGCUGCUGGGGCUGCUGCUGCUGCUGGCAGUGCUGUGGGUGAACCCGGUAGGAGGGGCAUCGCUCGGUUUCUCUCUGCUGUCUCGGUUAAGUCAGUUAGUCCAUGGCCUGAGCAGCGAACUCAUCACAUCUGUCUGGGACACGGCGGGGUCAGCAUACACAAUGAUGGCAGCAGUUGUAGAGAGAUGGAGCACACAACUCUCCUCAGUUGGGGGAGAGGCUUUCCAGCAGCUGGCUGCCUUCUUUAAAACUCUGACAUCCCACUGAAAGACACCAAACUGAAACCUUAAACCCUCCAUUUUUAUUUAGAAGCCGAGAAAGUCUCACUUCCCCAUUUCUGUAGUGAAGGAAAAUCCGCCCUAAAUAUCUUUUAAACAGCUGCUACUUAAGAGUCAAAAACUGGAUGUCUGAUUUUGCUGUCAACUUCACAGUGAAACAGCAGGGGUUUCAAUUUAGAUGUAGACCAACACUGAACCUUCUGUGGUGACAGUAGAGUAAAUGGACCACAAUGCAUUGCAAGCCCUUUUCCUUUUUGUUAAUGCUUUUCAGCACUCAGAAAGGCGUCCUGGAAAAUUCAGGCAAUGAGUAAACAAAUAACUACAUAUUGAAGUCCGCUUUAUAGAAAAUUGCAACAAAAAAAAUUAUCAUUAUAAAAUUGAAUAUAAUAAAAUUGUAAAUGAAUACAACUAAAACCAGACUGAGCAGAAAUAACUUGACAAAAAUACCUUUUUAUAAAUUUAUUAAUAAUCACAUAAACAUGGAUACGAUAAUAUUCAUUUUAGGAUUAAUUUUUCCCUUUAGUCUUACUUUAAAGAUUCCCUGAGGUUCCAUGCAGACCAGGGGAAAGCGCAGGGUAUGACUUGCUCACUUCCAUGUUUUAAAAAAAAAAAAAA